GCCGGCUAGAAUUCUUUAUAGCUUUAGCUAGGCGGGUCAUAUAGGAAGUCGUUUGGUUUGAUGGGUGCCGGCGGGAUAUGUCAAAAGGGUUUGAAUAGAUUUAAUCAUUCUCUACUUGUUCGGGUUGGCCUUUAAACACAGAGGAAGAAGUGAUGAAAACUUUUCGCCCCAUAGGACGCACAUUUGAAAUGUCAAUAGGGUUCAGACUUUCAGUCAUAUGUAUUCCAGUGUUCACGCGCCACAUUGAGAACUUAAUAUAAACACGUGAUAAAAUUAACCGAAUUUGGACUGGACGUUCUCGUACAAAACGUGCAAAAGACAUAAGCCAGGCGUGGCGUGGGCGUGUCUGACGCAAGCGCAAGACUUUUGUUUAUGUCGAAUUAAGAAGACGUUAUGGUAGCUGGAUACGAGAGGAAACCUGAGCGUGACUUUCUCAUUGUCUUCUCGGUAACAACGUGCGCUAGUCACUGUGUGGUACACAAUACGCGGAAGUCAAGAGGAAGUACAUGGUUACAUUGUAGGAUUUAUAAAGUGCGACCUUUCAAACUAAGUGUUACUCUGUACUACUGUUACACAAUAGAGUCCUCCUGCGGUUCUUGUAUGAACUGCAACUAGGCACUUCAAACCUGCUCGAAGCGGUUUUUACCGAGCAAAAAGCAAAGAAACAAACAGAACAUGGGGUGUCGUAGGCACGUCCGGGCAUGUUGUUGACCUUGAAACAUUCUGAUCAUGAAGUCAACAAGAAGAAAAAGGAACCGAGGUUGAGAUAGGUGCAUGUGUGCGCUUGUUCAGAAAGUUCAACUGGAGGUUAUAAAAGCAAAUAUUUGGUACUUUUCCACUAACUACUGGUAUUUCCUUUCUUGAUCAUACAUACUAUUAACGUUCUCAGUGAGUCAUUUUGAUGGCUUGCGACUUUUUGACGGUUUUCCAGCGAUAAGAAAUGGUAUACAAUGUGAAUGUAUCCCCCAAGUUUGGUUUGCCCGAAGAUGACCUAUAUUGAGACAAAAGUCUGACUCAUCGUUUUUAUAAUUGUAUCACAACAAGUACAUGCAUACAAAACCUUUCGUUGUUAUAUAUGUGGCAGUGGAAGAAUACAACAGUGAGGGCAGUGUUGACUUAAACUGAUUACAAUUGUUAUAGUAAACAGAGGAUUGGCACUUGUCCAGACAUGUUGCGUACAAUGCAAAUCUCAAGGACAUGUAAUAGCUUGACUUUAUUGUGCAAUCACAUAUUGUGACUCAGCGUUGACAACCAUUCACAUGAUUCCGACGCGCGUUACUUCGACAUCAGGUAACGCUAAGGACGGUGAAGCAGAAACAGUCAACGUCCUCGUCGGUGAUGGACUUGUGACGACGUCAUCGGAGGGGAUUUUCCAACGCGAUUCUUGUGAAAACGCAAUCAUCCACACGUAGGCUAUACGUACGUGUGCCACAGCACAUCACUGGCCAAGGCAGUACUACUUUCUCGGCACCGGAAAGUUCUUGUAACUGAGUUGGCGACUUGCUUACAUUCAACCGACGUACGCUGUAGUCCUGACGUGAGCCGAGUUGUAAGCUGCGUACUGUGACGUUAUGUCAACAUCCCGGCGGGACCGUCGAAGCAUGUCCUGUGCGUUGGACGCAGAAGCACUGCCAGAGGAUCCAUAUACUGAGGGAAGCCCCGGCAGCUGGUCGCCCGGGUCGGGGGACUCCAGCGACCGAGCGUCUCCCAGUGUCAAGGACGAACUGCGGGCGACGAUCCGGGCCAGACAGCAGGACAGCGGGCUGGUUCUCCCCAACUUCGACCUGCUGAAUGCACGGCCUGAUGAAAGGGAGUCCAGACCGCUGACGGCGGCGGAGGAGAGGCGUCUGCAGCGGCGGCGGGACAGGAACCGGGAGGCCGCGGCCAGGUGUCGGGCUCGGCGGAGAGAACUGGCCGAGAGACUGCACAGGGUGAGGGGCCAGGGCUGCUGCGUGAUUGCGCAACUCUCUUGAAUGCAUGUAUCAUCAAAUCUGCAAUCACACAUUUGCGCUAACGUAUUUUCAUGAUGGGCAGGACUGAUUUAUAAGUUAUUCAAGCAUGCACGACCUUGACAAACUCAUAGAUAGUGUGGCAUCAUCAACUAGAGUUCCCCGAUCUCAUACCUUCGCCAAAUGAUGUUAAUCU